AUGACCCAUGAAUCCAAUUUCUUCAGAUGUCCUGUGAAGAAUAUGGAGUCCAGGAAGCUAAUGGAUGUGUCAUCUUUCCUUCUUUUUGAGGCCUCUGGUGAUUCGGAGCAGCUUGAAUCUGAUCCUGGCAUGGCUGUUUCUGAACAUGGGAUUGAUGUAGACAAGGAUGAUGCAGAAUCAUGCAGCUGUGAUUUGUCUGAGAGUGUUGUUCAGGUUGAUGAAUUUGAUGGCUUUGAUGCUGAAGGUUAUGAUGAUUAUUGUGAUGUUGAGGAGGAGGAGGAGGAGGAUGGAAAUGAUCAAACUUGGACUAGUAAGCCAGUGGGGCCGCAGAGAUUCGCAGUUGGAUUAACGCCUGGAGACAGAAAAUCGAGCGUCUGUGUUGAUUCAACUGAAGGGGAGGGUAAAGAGAUGGAGAAGAACAGGCUGUUUUGGGAAGCUUGCUUGGCUUCUUGA